CUUUUUAUUUCUAAUCUUGUAUAGACCAUUACUAAAAUGAUUUAUUACACGACAUGUUCUUUUUUUUUUAUAUAAUAAGAUCUGCAAUAUACCCUCAGUUGAAAAUGACUCGGUUAGAGUAGUGUAAUGGUUGGCGCAUGCGCGUUGCGGCUCCGUCACCCCCAUAUACACAGAGAGAGAGAGAGAACGGGGCACGCGAGCCAGACACAUACCUCAGUGCUGGCGUUUUUCCACUCAUUGUCCGAAACAGCGCUCUUCCUCUCUUCAUUAGCAUGGCUCUACAUUUUUAGAGGGAUUAUGGGGCAAUGUUCCAGUGAGGCUUUGCUCUCCUGCACUAGCUACCACACUCUAUGCUGCAGCCACUCUUGGAACGUUUGCUGUUGGUAGCCGUUUGGCUUGGAAAGGAAGAAGAGCCCAAAAGCCACAUCAGCUGUUGUCGAGGCACAUAUGGUGCAUUGCUGCCAUUCCCAGGCCUCCGUCCUCAAGGCUCAGCCUUUUGCUGCCCUGCCGUGCAAAUAGGAUUUGUCAUAAUACAAGAUAUUAAUACAUUUAGCAUUGCUUUUUUUUUUGGGGUCAUACAAGGGCACCAACAGUUUCAUUAAGUUUUUUUUCCACUGCCUUUGAGGUGGUGGUUGAGAAGCAUAGGCCAUAGAGCCCAAUAUGGAAUACUGUUUAGCACAAGUGCUACAGAAGGAUGUGGGACGGAGGCUGCAGGUUGGUCAGGAGCUCAUUGACUACAUCACUGAUAAGGAGAAGUCUCAUGACCUGGAGCAGGAUCAAACUGCGUUGGACAAGAUGGUGGAUGGCCUUGCUUCCUCCUGGGUCAAUUCCAGCAACUUCAAGUUGGCUUUGCUGGGAAUCGAUAUUUUGUCUGCCCUGGUGACGAGAUUACAAGACCGUUUUCGGCCCCAGAUCGGAACAGUAUUACCUAGUUUAAUAGAUCGAUUAGGUGAUGCCAAAGAUCAAGUCAGAGACCAGGAUCAGACACUGCUGCUGAAGAUCAUAGACCAGGCUGCAAACCCUCAGUACGUGUGGGACAGAAUGCUGGGGGGAUUCAAACACAAAAACAACAGGACCAGAGAAGGAGUCUGUCUUUGUCUCAUUGCAACAUUAAACAUGUAUGGUGCCCAAGGUUUAACUCUAAACAAAAUUGUACCACAUAUAUGUAAUCUGUUGGGAGACCCCACCAGUCAGGUGAGAGACAGUGCCAUGAAUUGCCUUGUGGAGAUAUAUAGACAUGUUGGAGAAAGGGUUAGAGUGGACCUCAGCAAGAAAGGUCUACCACAAUCACGGUUGAAUGUCAUUUUUGCCAGGUUUGAUGAGGUCCAAAGAUCUGGAAACAUGAUCCCCUCUACUGGGUCUGAUAAGAACUUUGAUGAUGAGGACUCUGUGGAUGGGGGCAGGUCCUCUUCUUCCACUUCGUCUAAAGGUUUCUCCAGCAGCAAGCGCGGAGGAAACAUGGGCUCAAUGAGACGACCCAGUUCUGCCUCAGCACCCAGAGCUCCAGGGAAAGAGGGAGCCACUGCAGGAGCUGUCGAUGAAGAAGACUUUAUUAAGUCAUUUGAAGACGUCCCUGCUGUGCAGAUCUAUUCCAGCAGAGACCUGGAAGACUCAAUCACAAAGAUCCGUGAGGUCUUGUCAGAUGAUAAACAUGACUGGGAGCACAGAGUGGUUGCUCUGAAGAAAAUACGCUCACUGCUCCUGGCGGGAGCUGCAGAACACGAGGGCUUCCUUCAACAGCUCCGACUUUUGGAAGGUGCUUUCAAGCUCUCUGCAAAAGAUUUACGAUCCCAGGUGGUCCGGGAGGCCUGUAUUACUCUUGGGCAUGUGUCCUCAGUGAUUGGGAACAAAUUUGACCAUGGAGCAGAAGCCAUCAUGCCCACGCUGCUCAAUCUCGUACCUAACAGCGCCAAAGUCAUGGCCACAUCAGGUGUGGUUGUUAUUCGUCUUAUUUUACGGCAUACGCACUACCCUCGCCUUAUCCCAAUCAUCACCAGCAACUGCACCUCCAAAUCAGUGGCUGUUCGAAGACGCUGUUAUGAAUUUCUAGACCUGUUAUUGCAAGAAUGGCAGACACACACACUAGAGAGACAUGUUGCGGUUCUCACCGAGACCAUCAAGAAAGGAAUUCAUGACGCCGAUGCAGAGGCCAGAUCUAUAGCCAGAAAGUGUUAUUGGGGAUUUCACGGUCACUACAGCCGAGAGGCAGAGCACCUGUUUCAAGCUCUGGAGUCGACCUAUCAGAAAGCCAUCCAAUCUUACCUGAAGAGCUCAGACAGCAUAGUGUCAUUGCCUCAGUCUGACCGUUCCUCUUCCAGCUCUCAGGAGAGCCUCAAUCGUCCGCUUUCUGUGAGGACUGUGAUCGGAGGAAGCAUGUCCCGAAGUAAGGUGGUCAGCUCCCGAGCGUCAUCCACUCCUGGCUCACUCCAACGUUCAUGCAGUGACAUUGAUGUGAAUGCUGCCGCCAGUGCCAAGUCUAGGAUGCCCGCCGUGCCCUCUCCUUCCCCUUUCAGCUCAGCCGCCGCCCUUCCACCAGGAUCCUAUGCUUCCCUGGAUGGUACAUCUGGUAAAACAGAUGGUCGUGUGCGCACCAGACGGCAGAGCUCCGGAAGCACCGCAGGUGCAGUAACGGACACCCGAGGUCGAAGCAAAGCAAAAGUGGUGUCUCAGUCCCAGCGAUCCAGAUCAGCUAACCCUACUGGUGCUGGCAGUCGUUCGAGUUCCCCAGGAAAGCUGUUGGGUCAUACAUAUGGCAGAGUCCCACGUACCACAGCCAUGGCUUCUACGCCUUCAGACAAACGAGCAAGAGUCCCGAGAAGCCAGGGCUGCAGCCGAGAGACCAGCCCCAGCAGAUUGGGCAUAGCUGAGCUGUGUCGUAAAGCUCUUCUUCCUGCUGCUUCUCGUUACCGCACGCUAGCCCGGAGCAGUCGCAUCCCGCGCCCCAGCAUGAGUCAGGGCUGUAGCCGUGACACGAGUCGCGAGAGCAGCCGCGAUACCAGCCCUGCUCGGGGUUUCACUCCUCUGGCGUCCCGACGCCACUCUCGCUCUACCAGUGCGCUGUCCACGGCUGAGCCCGGGGCCCAGUCAGAUCGAUUUGGGCUAAUCCACCAAGCUCGAAUUUCUGCCUCUGUUAAUGCCAUGAGAGUUCUGAACACGGGAACAGAGGUCGAGGCAGCUGUGGCUGAUGCUUUACUGUUAGGAGACUCCAGGAAUAAGCAUAAACCUAUAAGAAGGCGAUACGAGUCUCCAGGGAUUUACUCGGAUGACGAUGCUAACAGCGAUGCAUCCAGUGCAUGCUCUGAGCGCUCAUACAGUUCCCGUAAUGGAGGGAUACCACACUACCUACGGCAGACAGAAGAUGUUGCCGAGGUGCUUAACCACUGUGCCAGCGCUAACUGGUCUGAGAGAAAGGAAGGACUCUUGGGCCUGCAAAAUUUGCUUAAAAGCCAGCGCAUCCUUAGUCGAGUGGAGAUGAAAAGAUUGUGUGAGAUCUUCACAAGGAUGUUUGCAGAUCCUCAUAGCAAGAGAGUGUUUAGCAUGUUUCUGGAGACUCUGGUAGACUUCAUCACUGUUCAUAGAGAGGACCUUCAGGACUGGCUUUUUGUCCUGCUCACUCAACUCCUAAAGAAAAUGGGAGCUGAUCUCCUCGGUUCAGUUCAGGCCAAAGUCCAGAAGGCUCUGGAUAUCACUCGUGAGUCUUUCCCAUUCGACCAACAAUUCAAUAUCCUUAUGAGGUUUAUUGUUGACCAGACGCAAACUCCCAACUUGAAGGUUAAAGUAGCCAUCCUGAAGUAUAUUGAGUCAUUGGCAAGGCAGAUGGACCCCGGAGACUUUGUGAAUUCCAGCGAGACAAGAUUAGCUGUGUCCCGCAUCAUAACAUGGACAACAGAACCCAAAAGCUCUGAUGUCAGAAAGACCCUUCAUAACUGGACGGGUGAGGAGUUUUCAGGCAGGCCAAGUACUACAGCUGUGCUUCCCGGAGAGGGUAAUCUGGAGGAAAGGUGUAAGCAGGCUGCCCAGGUUGUGCUGAUCUCUCUCUUUGAACUGAACACACCUGAAUUUACCAUGCUUCUUGGAGCUUUGCCCAAAACAUUCCAGGAUGGAGCCACCAAGCUCCUCCACACCCACCUGAAGAACUCCAGCAGCACAAGUGGAGUGAGUUCUCCCAGCAACACAAUUGGCCGUACACCACCCAGGCAUCCAUCCAGCAGGACGAGCCCCCUCACCUCUCCCACUAAUUCCUCUCACACUGGCCUUUCACCAAGUCGGUUGUGGGGUUGGAGUGUCGAUGGGUUCUCAAAACACCCAGCACCUCCUUCAUCUCAGCCCUCAGCCCCUGUCCCUUCCCUCAGGGCCCUGCGCUGCGCGUUCUCCCCCAGUAUGCUGGAGUAUGACACGGAGAAUAUGAACUCUGAUGAAAUUUACAGUUCACUUCGUGGCGUUACAGAGGCCAUCCAGAGUUUUAGAUAUCGCAGUGAGGAGGACCUCAACGAGCCAAUAAGACGUGAAUUUAAGAAGGAUGAUGGGGUUGGCAGGGACUCUGCAUCACCUGGCUCGGAUUCUCGGUUGGGUUUGGACAUAGUGGAGGGCGGCCGCACUGCAUUGGAUAACAAGACGUCUCUGCUCAACACCCCUUCUCCACGCUCUUUUGCUGGUCCAAGGACACGAGAGUUUACUCCGUAUGGAUAUGGAGACACCAUUGGGGGUUACGAUAAGAGUGCUUUGAAGGAGGCUGUCUUUGAUGAUGACGUGGAACAGUUCCGUGAUUGCCGUCGACAGCAGUGCAGUGAGAACAAGAUGGUGCUCUCCAAGGGCUUUGCUCCUGACUUGGUGGCUGACUUGCUGAAAGAGCUGUCCAAUCACAAUGAGCGAGUAGAGGAGAGAAAAGGGGCACUGGUGGAACUACUGAAGAUCACCCGAGAAGACAGCCUAGCUGUGUGGGACGAGCAUUUUAAAACCAUACUACUGUUGCUACUAGAGACACUUGGAGACAAAGAUCACACGAUUCGAGCUAUGGCUCUGCGUGUUUUAAAAGAGAUCCUAAGGAUUCAGCCAGCCCGCUUCAAGAACUAUGCAGAACUCACCAUCAUGAAGACAUUAGAGGCUCACAAAGACUCCCACAAAGAGGUGGUCAGAGCUGCCGAGGAGUCUGCAUCCACACUGGCCGGUUCCAUCCACCCUGAGCAGUGCAUCAAGGUGCUGUGUCCCAUUGUGCAGACUGCAGACUACCCCAUCAACCUGGCAGCUAUCAAAAUGCAGACAAAAGUUGUCGAAAGAAUUGCCAAGGAUUCUCUUCAUCAGCUGCUACCAGACAUCAUUCCUGGCCUCUUACAAGGUUAUGACAACACGGAAAGCAGUGUUCGCAAGGCCAGUGUUUUCUGCCUGGUAGCCAUCUACUCUGUUAUCGGUGAGGAGCUGAAGCCCCACCUGGCACAGCUCACGGGCAGUAAGAUGAAGUUGCUAAACCUGUAUAUCAAGAGAGCCCAGACGACCAACAGCAACAGCAGUAGCUCAUCUGAUGUGUCCUCUCAUAGCUAAUGCAGAAAGCGUGCUCAUCAAUGUGCUGUAUUCAAAAUGGGAUCUUACUGGGAUCCAUUUCCAUCAGUAUUCCUUUUCACUUCCUGUUUCCUGAUUCAUCUUCUGAAUGUAAAAAAAAAAAAAAAAAAAUAGUUUGAAAGUUUCUUUAGAGUGGGUUAUAGGGAUCACAUCUUCAGAUUUCUUUUACUUGAUAUUUAACAUUAAUGUAAUAAUGUGGUCUUCUUACAAAUCUGUAGUGUUUGAGAUUUUGACAUUGUUUUAAAAAGGGGGAACAGUAGUGUAAGUUAAAUGUCACUUGAAUCUGAGUUAGUGGAGGAUCAUUUGGCUGGCCGAGUGAUUUUAAAUGUGAUUUGAAAAGAUCAAGUGUCAUUUUAAGGUUAAGCUAAAAUGACAACCAAAAAUGUAGGACUAGGUGUAAACAUUUAUUUAAAUUUGUAUUUAAAUACAAUGGCCUGCCACCACCCGCACACCAUGUAACACAGAAAAGCUCUAAAAUGUAUCCUUUAUGUUUGUAAUUGAAGGCUGUUUUAAAGUCUAUGGAUUUUUAUUAUGAUUUUGCUUUACUUUAUGAGGAUGUUAAAUGCCUUUUUUUUCUUUUAACAAAAUGUUUUGCCCUGCAUUAUGGAUAAUGGCACACAUCAGAAUACUGUGUGUAUAUUCCUCAAAUUAUCUCUUUCAAAUUUACAGUUAAUAGCCAUGCAAAAAAAAAAGACAAUAAUUCAUAGCAAAUUGCAUGAAACCUCUGCCCAGUGUUGGACAAAGUCAGUACAGAAAUAUAAGAUUCCUAACCUACUCACGUCAGUUAUUUGUGCACAAUUGCAAUUCCACAAUGCACGUAGGUAAGGUUUGCUGUACAUCUUAAAUAACAAGCUGUUGAUUUGACUAAAAUAAUCAAGUAUUUACAGUAUUUGUAAAAAUCAUUGCUGGAUAGACUACUACAUAAAUCCAAACGCUAAAGGCCCAAUAUCUGAGAAAAUGACAAUCUAAAUGAAAUUAUAAAAUGUAAAUGAUUCAUUAUUUAAAGGUUGUAAAAUGCUUGAAAUUGAGAAUUGUUUGUUGUCAUACAUGAAAGUUGCUUCACUUUAUUGCUUUAAAAGUAAAACGAUCCAGAGCAUCCUGAGUCAAAAUCACUGAAUCAAUGGUUAGACUCCUGAACCACAAUCCCAACCAGACCCAGGUCUAUACUGAUCCUGCUGCUUGAAGACUUCACUUAAAUGUAUAGAUGCAAACAAAUGUGCAGAUGGCAGUGAUUCCUGCUUUGAAGGACAAUUAAAUGGUGGCAGAAACUUUAAACACUACCAUGCAUAUUUAGUUUUCUCAUUAUGUUUUGGACACUCAGACUGUUGGUUUUAAGUGUGCACUCUGACUUAAAUGUGAAAAUGUGUAAAGUGCUAUAGAUACAGUGCAUGUGUCUAUAGACUGUGAAUUUCCUUUAAUUUGGCAUAAAUGAACAAUAGAUGCAUUGUUUAAUGGCUGAAACUUUUACCAAUUUCUUCUGCAGCUUUUUGCUACCGGAGGCUUUUUUUGUACAUAAGCUGUUAGAAUCGAAAAAAAGCAAAACACACUGGUGUUUUGCACUCUUUUGCACGUUAGCAAAUAGCCUGCAUGUUUUGAAACACCCAUCCUGUGCUGCAAUGAUUGGCCUUGUUACAGUUUUUGAGAUUUUGCCUCCUCAGUCCUGUGGUCAGUCUGUAAAUACAGUAUUAAUGCUUUUCCCAAGCAAAGAGGCAUCCAAGUACAAAAACGUACACAGGGCUUAAAGAGGUGACCAAAAUGUCCUGUCUGUAUCCCCAUUAACAUGUUCAAUGUAAACUUUGGGUGAAAGCAUCCUAGCUUUCAAAUCAUUCUACAUAAUGGUGCUUUGGGCUUUUGUGUGGGUACACCAUGUGUGCCUACCUUGGUAAUAUUCAGCUUUUUAUGUGGAGAGGCCAUUGGAUGAUCAUGGCCUGACAUGGAAAACACUUUCAUAUUGUUUGAAUUUGGUCCAAUUUGAAACCAAGCCAACUUUGAAGGGAAACUUGAGUAUUAGUUGAUGAGUGGGUCUCAAUAAUCUGUGUGGAAAUGUAGGGCCACUAAAAGUAUUCCAACAAAUUUCUGUUUUCUGCACGUGUUCUAACUUUAUCGUGUAACACUAAUGUGUAUUUAUACAUUUAAAUUUUCUUUUAUCAUGACUGUACAGUUGUGCUUUUUUUGUUUGUUUUUCAUUUUUUUAAGGGCCAUGUGUGGAAGAUUUGCAACCUGAACCUGUUUGCCCUAAAAUAAACCUGAAACCCUGACCAUAA